AUGGAACAAUCACUCCAUGAGCUUAAGAACCAGAUGAGGAAAGAAAGGGAAGAGCUAUUACAGAAGUCAGCUGAAUGUGAACACCUGACAGAAAAACUGCAGACAGAGAACAAAAACCUGUUGGCAACAGUGCAGGAUCUGCAGGAAAGUAAUAACUCUCUGAGUGAUCAGUGUGAGACCAUCAGUGCUGAGUUAGUCUUGCUUGAAUCUCAGACAGAGAAAAAACUGGCAGAGAAUGAAAACCUAUGGGCAGAGAUUGAUGCUCUGCAGGGAAAUGAGAAAAUCAUAAAUGAGAAGUACAAAAAUCUCACUGAUAAGGUGGCCCACCUUGAAAAUCUGAGAGAGGGAAAUGAAGGAGAGAUUGAACGUCUGAGAGCAGCAGUGCACGAUCUUCAGUGCCAAGCAGAGGAUACUCAGCAACUUAUCUUGAAUAAAGAUGAGCUAAUAGCAAAGAAAGACCAGGAAAUAGCUUAUAAUCAGCAAGUGAUGGAGAAGUAUUGUAUGGUCACAGACGAUACAAAACCAUCACUUCAUGGUCUUAAAAACCACACAAGGCAGGUGGAGGAUCCAGAGGAGCAGAGAGAUGAAAGCCUACAGGAGACUGCAGCUGCAGCAGUGUGUGACCAAGUAAUGGAGGCUCAACAAAAUGACAGUGAUAAAGUUGAGCUCCUACAAAAGCUGGCUGAACAUGAACAGCUGACAGAGAAACUGCAGACAGAGAACAAAAACCUGUUUGUAACAGUGCAGGAUCUGCAGGAAAGUAAUAACUCUCUGAGUGAUCAGUGUAAAACCAUCAGUGCUGAGUUAGUCCUGCUUGAAUCUCAGACAGAGAAACUGCAGACAGAGAACAAAAACCUGUUGGCAACAGUGCAGGAUCUGCAGGAAAGUAAUAACUCUCUGAGUGAUCAGUGUAAAACCAUCAGUGCUGAGUUCGUCCUGCUUGAAUCACAGACAGAGAAAAAACAGGCAGAGAAUGAAAACCUGCGGGCAGAGAUUGAUGCUCUGCAGGGAAAUGAGAAAAUCAUAAAUGAGAAGAACAAAAAUCUCACUGAUAAGGUGGCCCACCUUGAAAAUCUGAGAGAGGGAAAUGAAGGAGAAAUUGAACAUCUGAGAGCAGCAGUGCACGAUCUUCAGUGCCAAGCAGAAGAUACUCAGCAACUUAUCUUAAAUAAAGAUGAGCUAAUAGCAAAGAAAGACCAGGAAACUGCUAUUAAAGUGCAAGUGAUCAGCGAUAUGGAACAAUCACUCCAUGAGCUUAAGAACCAGAUGAGGAAAGAAAGGGAAGAGCUAUUACAGAAGUCAGCUGAAUGUGAACACCUGACAGAAAAACUGCAGACAGAGAACAAAAACCUGUUGGCAACAGUGCAGGAUCUGCAGGAAAGUAAUAACUCUCUGAGUGAUCAGUGUGAGACCAUCAGUGCUGAGUUCGUCCUGCUUGAAUCUCAGACAGAGAAAAAACUGGCGGAAAAUGAAAACCUGUGGGCACAGAUUGAUGCUCUGCAGGAAAAUGAGAGAGUCAUAAAUGAGAAGAACAAAAACCUCACAGAUGAAGUAGAGAGGAAUCAAAGAGAAAUUGAACAUCUGACGGCAGCAGUGCGUAAUCUUCAGUGCCAAGUAAAAGUGGCUCAGGAAGACCACAGUGAUAAAGAUGAGGUAACACAGAAGCUGAGUCAUGUGGAAUCUCUGCUGGAGGUAAAACAGGCAGAGAUCACAAAGUUAAGGACAGCACUGCAUGAUCUUCAGGAAAAGGAAGAGUUUAUGAAUGAGCAGAAUAACGUAGUUACAGCUGAUCUGGCCCGACUUGAGUCUUUGAGAGAAAAACAGAUUGAGGAGACUAAAAACCUGAAGGAAACUGUGCAAGAUCUUCAGUAUCAAGUAGAGGAUGCUGAGCAGCAAAUCCUGACUAAAGAUGAGCAAAUUACAAAGCUAAACAUGGAAAUUGGUUAUAAACAGGGAACCAUAGAGGAGUAUUGUACACUCACAGCUGAAAUGAGACAAUCAAUCCGUGAUCUUAAGGAUCAGCUGACAAUGAAGCAGGAGGAGGACAUACUGGAUGGCACACAGAAUUUCAGAGAGGAAUCUAGGGCUUGUGCUGAACAUACAGAACAACUGGAAAUAUUUGAGGAGGCCAGAGAUCAGACCCUACAAGAUACUCCUACAGAACCCCAACAGUUGGAGGUUCCUUCUACAGAACCCCAACAGCUGGAGGUUCCUUCUACAGAACCUCAACAGCUGGAGGUUCCUUCUACAGAACCUCAACAGUUGGAGACUUCCUCUGCAGAACCUCAGUGGCGUCGCUGUGCUAAAUGGCUACUGAAAGCAGGUUUGCAUAUAGGCAUUAGCACUGUGGGUAUCCUUAUUCCUGCAGCUAUCCUGACUGCCCAAGCUGUUGUCCCCACAUGCUUCAAAGCCACCACCAUCAUCCCGGUCCCAAAGAAGUCAUCUCCCCGCUGCUUCAGUGACUACCACCCAGUAACACUUACCCCCAUCCUCAUGAAGUGCUUUGAGCGGCUGGUCAUGCAGCAUAUAAAGCCGCAAAGCCCUCUGUAUUGCGGGUGA